GGUUGCUUGAGGCGGGGGCUGCUGCAGAAAGGGCGGCCAGUGCUGGCACCAGGUGGAUGGCAUGGCGCAGGGAGAGCCCAGCUGAAGAUACAACUAAACUCCCUUGUUGCAAUGUACACAUGACAGCGACUCCAGCUUGUUAACUCCAAGAUGUAAUAUCCCAGCACUGUUAAGAGACUCUUUUGGCCAAGGGGCCAUGGAGAAGUUGCUAUGCCUGCUGCUGAUGGGAGCUCUGGGGUACGUUGGGAGCGCACAGUAUUGCCCCGGUCGCUGUAUCUGUCAGAUCAACUCUCCAACUCUCACCAUGCUGUGUGCCAAGACAGGACUUCUCUUCGUUCCACCAGCCAUUGACCGAAAGACAGUAGAGUUACGACUAACAGAUAAUUUUAUCACCAUCAUUCGACGCAAGGACUUCAGCAACAUGACCAAUCUGGUGCAUCUGACACUGUCACGGAAUACUAUUAUCCAAAUUGUACCACUGGCGUUCUCCGACCUACGUUCUCUAAGAGCUUUGCAUAUGAACAGCAACAGACUUUCCGCCCUGAGGAAUGAGCAUUUUCGUGGCUUGGGCAAUCUACGCCAUUUAAUUUUAGGUAACAACCAAAUAAAUUCUAUCCAGCCUGGGUCAUUUAAUGAGUUUGUCUCCACUGUAGAGGAUCUUGACUUGUCCUAUAACAACCUCGAACAACUGCCCUGGGAAGACAUUGGCCAAAUGGUGAAUCUGAACACCUUAACUCUAGACCAUAAUUUAAUUGACCACAUUGCAGAAGGAACUUUCACUAUGUUGCAUAAGCUUGUGAGGCUUGACAUGACCUCUAAUCGUUUGCACAAGCUGCCUCCAGACAACCUUUUUCAGUCUCAAGUUAUGGCCAGUUCAAGAGGUUCAAGUUCAUCUCUCUCCAUAAGCUUUGGUGGGAAUCCUCUACAUUGUAAUUGUGAGCUUUUAUGGCUUAGACGACUGACAAGGGAGGAUGACCUUGAGACUUGUGCCUCUCCAGAACAGCUUACAGACAAGUAUUUUUGGUCAAUUCAAGAGGAGGAAUUUAUCUGUGAGCCUCCACUCAUUACUAAACACUAUGCCAGCAAACAGUUUGUCAUGGAAGGACAAAGCGUCAGCCUUAAGUGCAAAGCGGUAGGAGACCCUGAACCAUCAGUCCACUGGAUUGGUCCAGAUGGAAAACUAAUCCAUAAUACAACAAGGAUGGUAGUUCAUGACAAUGGAACUUUAGAUAUUGCCAUUACAACACUGAAAGAUAGUGGUUUUUUCACAUGUAUAGCAUCAAAUGCAGCUGGUGAGACCACUGCUCCAGUGGAGCUUGCAGUAGUACCCCUUCCACUGCUGGUGAACAAUACGGCUCAUAUUAAAGAACCUGAUCCUGGGUCCUCUGAUAUCACAACUUCUACUAAGUCUGGAUUUAAUGAUACCAAGAAUUUACAAGAUAGGAGAAUUCUGGUGGACAAGUUGAAGACAACUUCAGUUGUUAUCCAGUGGCCAUCACAGCGUCAUAUCCCUGGGAUCCGCAUGUAUCAGAUUCAGUAUAACAGCUCUUUAGAUGACUCUUUAGUGUACAGGAUGAUCCCACCGAGUAACCGAAGCUUCUUGGUCAAUGAUUUGGCUCCUGGACGUGAGUAUGACCUCUGUGUCCUGGCUGUCUAUGAUGACGGGAUGACUUCACUAACUGCUACUCGAGUGGUGGGAUGUGUCCAGUUCAACACAAAAGAAGAAGGUGCGCAAUGUCAACCGCUCCACACCCAGUUUCUUGGAGGCACUAUGAUCAUUAUCAUUGGUGGAAUUAUUGUGGCUUCUGUGUUGGUGUUUAUCAUCAUCCUAAUGAUCCGAUAUAAAGUGUACAGUGGCCAGGAGGAAAGUGGCAAAGCAAGGGUCAGUAAUGUAUAUUCCCAAACAAAUGGGCAACAAGGCAUGGCUUGUGCUCAUUCCUGUGCCAAGUUGGGAGAAAAUAACUAUGAACCAUUGCCCCCAGCUUCCAAAGAGCCCCAAGUGGAGGGCAAAGACCCUGGUAAAGGGGAGAACCAACCUUGUUCACCUAUUCCAGCUCCUCUAAUGGAAAUGGACAAGAGGAGAACUAAGACAUCUAGUGAUCUUCAAACAGUGGCUCUUUUGUCUUCUCUCUCAGGAGACCAGACAGAGACCAGCGCAUUAGGUUCCACCACCUCAUUAUGUCUGAUUACUUCGGAAGGACAGGCACAUGUGGGGACCAAAGCUCCUCCCAGGACUUAUCAACAUAGAUUCUCCUUCGAUGGAGACUACUCUCUGUUCCAGAGCCACAGUUAUCCUCGCAGGGCACGGACAAAGAGACACAUGUCCGCCUUGGAGUUGCACAACCAAGAAGCUGACCUUGGACAUCGAAGAGUCACAUUUAGCAGCACAGAGUGGAUGCUAGAGAGCACCGUGUGA